AUGCAUAUAAAACAGGUGAUCAUUCAGGGAUUUAAGAGUUAUCGUGAACAAAUCGUUGUAGAACCCUUUGAUAAACGGCAUAAUGUAGUAGUUGGACGCAAUGGUUCUGGAAAAAGUAAUUUCUUUCAUGCUAUUCAGUUUGUAUUAAGUGAUGAGUUUUCACAUCUCAGGCCAGAACAACGUCUGGCAUUAUUACAUGAAGGUACUGGACCUAGGGUGAUAUCUGCUUUUGUAGAAAUUAUUUUUGACAAUUCUGACAAUAGAAUUCCGAUUGAAAAAGAUGAGAUAUUCUUGCGCCGUGUUAUUGGAUCAAAGAAAGAUCAAUUUUUCCUCAAUAAGAAAGUGGUACCAAGAUCUGAGGUCCUUAAUCUACUGGAGAGUGCAGGCCUUUCUAAUUCAAAUCCAUACUACAUUGUAAAACAAGGAAAAAUCAACCAAAUGGCAGUAGCUCCAGAUUCACACAGAUUGACGCUUCUUAGAGAAGUGGCUGGAACAAGAGUUUAUGACGAGAGAAGAGAAGAGUCUGUUACUAUAUUAAAAGAAACAGUUGGUAAAGUGGAAAAAAUAAAUGACUUUCUACAAACAAUAGAAGAAAGAUUAAAAACUCUAGAAGAAGAAAAAGAAGAACUGAAAGAGUAUCAGAAGUGGGACCGCGCGAGACGCGUGCUGGAGUUUAUUAUACACGAUACUGAGCACAGAGAGAACAAGCGAAAAUUAGAAGAAUUAGAAAAAAUGAGAACUAACAGUGGCAAAGAACAGCAACAUUAUGCAGAUAUGGUCCGCGAGGCCCAGGACCAUGUGAGGGAGUCUAACAGAAAACUUAAAGAAGCACGUAAAGAUGUGGCGGCCGCGCGUGAGGAGAAAGAUAUACUGUCUACAGAACAACAACAGCUGUUAAGAGAGAAGACUAAACUGGAACUGGCCAUUAAAGAUCUUACUGAUGAUGUGGAUGGAGACAAUAAAUCUAAGGAAAGAGCCGAAGCAGAAUUAGAGCGUUUAAGACAGCAAAUAUCAGAGAAAGAACGUGAAUUAGAAGAAUUAAAGCCCAAAUAUGAAGAAAUGAAAGCCCGUGAAGAAGAAUGUACCAGAGCAUUGGCUUUGAACCAACAGAAACGUCAAGAGUUAUACGCUAAACAAGGUCGCGGUACUCAGUUCACCUCUAAACAAGAUAGGGACAGAUGGAUUGAGAGGGAACUUAAAUCGCUAAGCAAGCAAAUUAAAGAUAAAAAAGAACACGAAGGGAAAUUACGUGAGGAUUUAAGACGUGACGCUGUCAAGUUGACCGAAUUAGAAAAACGUAUAGAAGAAAUGACGAAGGAAAUGGAAAGACAAAGAGUCGCCAUCGACGAACACAACAAACAGUACUAUGAGUGCAAAAAACGAAAGGAUCAAGAGCAAAGUGCUAGAAACGAGUUAUGGCGCAAAGAAACAACUUUAACUCAAAAUUUAUCUUCAUUAAAAGAGGAUUUGGCUAAAGCUGACCAAGCUUUACGUUCCAUGGCCGGAAAGCCAAUUUUAAAUGGAAGGGACAGUGUACGUAAAGUUCUAGAAACAUUCCAAGAACGCGGGGGAGAGUGGGCCAAAAUAGCGACGCAGUACUACGGACCCGUCAUUGAGAACUUUACUUGCGAUAAAACCAUUUAUACAGCAGUUGAGGUGACAGCUGGUAAUCGUCUGUUUCAUCACAUUGUUGAGUCUGAUACAGUUGGUACAAAAAUCUUAAAGGAAAUGAACCGACAAAAUCUUCCUGGGGAGGUAACUUUUAUGCCUCUCAAUCGACUUCAAGUUAGGGAUAUGUUGUAUCCCAAUGACAAUAAUGCAAUAGCUAUGGUACAGAAAUUAAAAUACGAUCCGAAAUACGCAAAAGCAAUGAAAUAUAUAUUCGGCAAAACCCUCAUCUGCAGAAAUUUAGAGUGCGCUACGGAACUGGGCAAGCAGUUCCACUUGGAUUGUGUCACCCUGGAAGGAGAUCAAGUGUCAUCAAAAGGUUCUCUAACUGGUGGUUACUUCAACCAAUCGCGUUCUCGUCUUGAAAUGCAAAAGACUAGAUCGGAAUUGAUGGAACAAAUCACUACUCUAGAUGGGGAAUUGAGUACUUUGCGCCAGGAAUUAAAUAAAACUGAAACAAGCAUUAACACUAUAGUCUCUGAGAUGCAGAGGACUGAAACCAAACAGGGGAAGGCUAAGGAUAUAUUCGACAAAGUGAAGGCAGACAUUCGGUUGAUGAAAGAAGAGUUGGCCUCCAUAGAGAGGUUCCGAGGCCCGAAGGAGCGGUCUUUGGCGCAGUGUCGCUCUAGCCUCGAGGCCAUGCAGGCCACCAAGGAGGGCUUGGAGUCGGAGUUGCAUCAGGAACUAAUGGAGCAGCUGUCAACCGCGGAUCAGGGUAAAGUGGACGAGCUCAAUGACGCGAUAAGACGUCUCACGCAAGAGAACAAAGAAGCCUUCAGUCAGAGAAUGAACUUGGAGGCAACGAAGAAUAAGCUGGAGAAUCUGUUGACCAAUAAUCUUAUACGUCGCAAAGACGAGCUAGUGCAGGCGCUGCAGGAGAUAUCGGUGGAGGACCGCAAGCGGCGCCUCGCCAACAGCAAAAGCGACCUUGCCGCAGCCGAGAAGCGAAUCCGCGCCAUCAACAAGGAGAUGGAGGACGUCGAGCGCAAAGUGCAGGCGGCAGUCAGGAACGAGAAGGCUCUCAAGCUGGAGCUGGACAAGUGGCGGAAUAAGGAGAAAGAAGCCCAAGACAAAAUGGAGGAAGACGCAAAGGGCCUAGAGAAGAUGGCGUCCAAAGAAGUAUUAUUGCAAGAGAAGAUACAAGAGUCCCUCGACAAAAUAGCCGCGCUCGGUACUCUGCCGAAUGCGCCUGAACUUCAUUCCAAGUAUCAGAAACUUUCCUUGAAACAGUUAUUUAAAGAGCUGGAAAAGGCUAAUCAACACCUGAAAAAAUACAACCACGUGAACAAGAAGGCGCUCGAUCAGUUCAUAAGUUUCUCGGAGCAAAAGGAGAAAUUGUACAAGCGGAAAGAGGAACUCGAUAUUGGAGGUGAAAAAAUUCGUGAACUAAUCGAGACACUAGAGCAUAGGAAGUUGGAAGCCAUACAGUUCACUUUCAAACAAGUGAGUAAGAACUUCACCGAGGUGUUCAAAAAGCUGGUGCCGCAGGGCAGGGGCAGUCUCAUAAUGAGAGUUGCGCCGGACGAAGGACAGGAUAAUAAUCCUGAGCGCCCCAACGCGGACCCGUUCACGGGCGUGGGCAUCAAGGUGUCGUUCACGGGCGGCGACGGCGACAUGCGCGAGAUGAACCAGCUGUCCGGCGGGCAGAAGUCGCUGGUGGCGCUCGCGCUCAUAUUCGCCAUACAGAAGUGCGACCCCGCGCCCUUCUAUCUGUUCGACGAGAUCGAUCAGGCGUUGGACGCGCAGCACCGCAAGGCGAUCGCGAACAUGAUCCACGAGCUGUCCGCGUCGGCGCAGUUCAUCACGACCACGUUCCGGCCGGAGCUGCUCGAGCACGCGCACAAGUUCUACGGCGUCAAGUUCCGCAACAAGGUGUCGCACGUCGAGUGCGUCUCCAUACACGAGGCGCGCGACUUCGUAGAGGACAGCGCAACGCACGCG